ACAGACUACGCUGCCCCAGAUAGACGGUCUGACUAGUCUCCAGUUGCCAUAACAACUUCUGCCGUAACCUUGAAGGUCAGUGUUCCCAAGGUCCCAGGCAAGUUGUUCAUUUCGAUUUUCGACUGCAUUCAGUUUGGGCGUUGUGACAGAGAGAGCCAAAGGAAGAAUGGCUGAACAACAGCAAAUUUCACGAUUAAUGACUGAAGAAAUAGUUCCUGAUGUAGUUGAUGAGCUUCCUUCUAAUUGUGUUAAGGUGAAGUAUGGCAGCCGUGAAGUGUCUUGUGGAAAUGUUAUGACUCCUACCCAGGUUUUUGAAGAGCCUACUGAAAUAUGUUGGCCAGCAGACACUAGCAACCUUUACACAUUAUGCAUGACAGAUCCUGAUGCCCCAAGUCGACAGAAUCCUAUAAUGAGAGAGUUUCUUCACUGGCUAGUUGUCAAUAUACCUGGAUGUGAACUUUCAAAAGGGGAGACACUUGCACAGUUUGUUGGCUCUGGACCCCCUAAAGGAACUGGUCUCCACAGAUAUGUGUAUCUGGCAUAUCAGCAGCCAGGGAAAAUAAGCUGUGAUGAACCAAAAAUGCCAAACAACUCAGUUGAAAAUAGGAGACAAUUCAGCAUAAGGAAUUUUGCUGCCAAGUAUAAGCUGAAACCUGUUGCCGGAAAUUUCUACCAGGCUGAAUAUGAUGAAACAACAUUAAAAGUCCAUCGCCAGCUUGGAGUCAUUCCUAAGUGAUUAUUCUUGUAACCAUUCAUCAAAGCUUAAAAAUACCUUUCAAGGGCAUUACUGUACACUUCAGAUAUCUUAAAAUUCUUUUAUUUUGCUGAUGUAUACCUCAAAUAUAGUUUUACAUUUGUU